CUCUGAGUUUGCCCGCAGUUGCAGUCCAGAGGUGAAAUGCAGCCCAUGUUCCUUGCAGCAUUCCAACAUAAUUUAUUUUGAGAUUUUCUAUCAAUAUUGACAUUGCUGCCAACUGAGUGCAUGUGGGUGGUAGAGGGACAGAGCACGGAUAGAUAGUGUUUUCUUUUCGUCAACGGCGCCCUCUCUCUACUCAGACCGGCUGAGGAUGGACGGGAACAGAACCAUCGACCCGAGCUGCAGGGACAGACCUCCCGUGGCCAUCGACAUCAUUUCCCAGUUGGACAUAUUUGGUAUCAUCCUGUACUCUGUGCUGACCUUCAUGGCAGUGGUGUCCAUGCUGGUCUACAUAGAGGAGUGUUGGUACAUCUACCGGAAGGUUCCCUCCCACAAGAAGAGCGCCAUCAUCUGGGUCAACGGGGCACGUCCAGUGAUCGCCACCAUGUCCUGUCUGGGGAUGUGGAUUCCCCGAGCCACCAUGUUCACUGACAUGACCUCUGCCUGCUAUUUUGCGAUCGUAGUGUUUAAGUUCCUGGUGCUGAUGAUUGAGGAAGUGGGGGGUGACGAGGCGUUUCUACGGCGAGCAGGGAAAAACAAACUGAGGAUCAGUACUGGUCCCUGUUGUUGCUGCUGCCCCUGUCUACCCCAUGUUAACAUCACACGACGGAGUCUGUUCCUGCUGAAGUUGGGAUCGUUCCAGUUUGCCGUGCUAAAGAUCGCCUUCACCAUACUAUCAAUCAUCCUUUGGACCAAUGGCAACUUUGACAUCGCAGAUAUGGCAAUAACGGGAGCAGCCAUCUGGAUUAACCCAGGUGUGGGGGUCCUGACCAUCAUAGCACUGUGGCCUGUAGCCAUCAUGUUCAUGCACCUCAGGAUCACACUGCGCAGCCUCAAGAUCAUCCCCAAAUAUGCCAUGUACCAGCUGGUGCUGGUGCUGAGUCAGCUCCAGUCGGCCAUCAUCAACAUCCUGGCUAUGAACGGAACCAUCGCCUGCACGCCACCAUACUCCUCACAGGCCAGGGGAUAUUUGAUGAGUCAACAGUUGUUGAUCCUGGAGAUGUUCAUCAUCACCUUGGUAACCCGCCUGUUGUACCGCCGCCAGUAUGACCCACUCCCUGACGACGAGAAUGACGAUGAACACACCAAGAUGGUUAUACCGGCCGAUAAAUCUGACAUAGCGUGAGGGCAAGAGAGACUGUAUCUGUGCAUGUAUUAGAGACAAAGUGUGCGUGUGGUUUUGUUAGAAAGACUGUGUGUUCAAGAGAAAGAGUAUGUGUGUAUGUUAUGUUACACAGGUCUGCAGUAAGAAUUUAAUCAGUCAUGGCAUUUUCUGGGUGAGCAAUGCUGUUAAAAUGAAUCAGAAGUCAUAAUCCCUCAGCCAGUGUGUUUGGAAAGUGUUGCUAUUAUGUAACUGUAAUCUAAGAAUUAUUUCAGAAAUGUAUUUUUCCUCAGAAGUUGUAUCUUUUGCCAUAGCCUUGUUGAACAUUAUAGUGUAUUAUCAUGAGCCAUUUAUAAUAUAUACAUUUUGAAACAUUUGCUCUAAAGAUUUGUUUUGGCAUUUGUUUUUUCAUAGGCAUGCAUACACAUGUAUUUGUAAAGAAGAACCCUGUAUUCAUUGUAGUUGCAAACUUGCUCCACUUAGGUGGCCGUAUGAACCAAUGGGUCCGCCUGCCAGUGACACUGAGCAGUGGCCUACAUUGAUAGAAUGACCUUAUUCAAAUGUUAUCAUGAUCAUUGACAGAUCAACACAGACACACCUCUUUAUUCCCUCGUCUUUAGACCUUCAUCUUGUGGAAUCUGCGUUAUCACAACCCAGAUGUACUCUGCAGAUCAGGUUUAGAACUCUAGGUGACCAUACUUACUAGUAACAAAUGGUAGGUGCAAAUUGAAAUGUUAAAUAAUUUUUCUAAUUUGUAUUAUUGUAAAGGAUAAUUAGUAGAUUACUUUGAACUGUUCCAAGCUCUACCACUUUCUAGUUAAGGCUACUGUAUCCAGUGGUGUAAAGUACUUAACUACUUAAGUAGUACUUAAAAUACUUAUUUUUAUUUUGGGGGGGGGGGGGGGUGUAUCUGUACUUUACUUUAUUUAUAUUUUUGAGUAGUUUUAUUUCACCACAUUCCUGAAGAAAAUGUACUCCAUACAUUUCCCAUGACAACCAAAAGUACUUGUUACAUUUUGAAUGCUAAGCAGGACAGGAACGUUGUCAAAUGCAUGCACUUAACAAGAGAACACUGGUCACCCCUA